AUGGGGGUUGUGUUGAUGGGUGUAAUUCCCAAGUUAUUGGAGGUAAAACAUUUCCUAAAAAAGAAAUCUCAGCAGAAGACCACAUUUAUAACUGACCAUACUAUCAAUGCUCAGGAGAAAAAUAACAUGGCUUUCUAUCUAUUGUCAGCAAGAGACCACAACAUUAAAGAAUUGAAAAAUGAAGUGGCUGUUGUGUGGAAUAAAUUGGAGACAUUUACUGUGGAAAAUAAAAUCUUGAAGCAUCUUCAGUCUCAACAUUUAAAAGCAAUUAGUAAACAUAAAAAUGCAGAGAUUAACCUGCCUGAUCUUUUGGCCACGCAGUCUAAUGAAGUGCUGACUCUGAGAUCGCUUCUCAGGACAUCUCACAAAAAAGAGCGCAGGGCUUCCAACAAGCUGAGAGAGGUUGAGGCAGAACUGUUAAAAACAAGGGACGCCUUGCGGGUGUUGCAGAAACUUUCUAAAGAGAAGAAACUUGGAGAGACAGGAGAACUAAUGCGUAAAUUAACAUCAUAUACCCCAAAAUUGGAAGCCAGUGAUAAGAGAAUCCAGGUAACGUGCAAGUUACAUUGCUUAGAACAACGUAGCUGGGCUCUGGGAGAGCCCUAUAAAGAAAUGCUUUAAGCUGACUUGCUUCAGCAUGCAGUCGGGACCGUUCCCUACAGGCACCAUCCUCAAGUCUCCAAGAUUCCUUUGAUAUUGAAAUUAACAGAAAACCUGCUCAAGGAGGAACAUCAAUUUUGCACAUACAAAAUUUAGAAACAAAAACAACUUCCUCAAAGCUCUAGUUUACAAGGAAAUCUAUUUGUAUUCAGAUUCUUAAAUUGUUAUCCAGCAAUUAGAGACAUAGAUGUGCUGCAUUUGGUUUCCUACUUUAGUUCUUUGGGAGUUUCUUAUUUUCUGGAAGUGAUAGUAAUUUCAAACAUCAUUGGUAGAAUAUAUUUUCUCAAGCUUUACCAAUAAAACAUAACAGUGAUAGGCUGUGACCAGUCUAGGUUUAAUUUCUUGACACAGACUAGCUUGUCCAGCUGUAUGCUUUUUUACCAAUGACUUCUUUCUUCAGCCCAGCUCUAGGAAAUUAGAUAUAGUAAGAUCUUUUCGUAUAAUGCCAAAAUCUUGUAUCAGUCCUGAAAGAAAAUGAGAAGCUGCACAACUAUGCAAUGAGGAAUGUUUUAGUCAUAAAUGUUCAUAUCAAUCAA